CAUCUCACCUAUGGUUAUAGAAGAGAUAAAAGAGGAGGAGGAGGAUGAGGUUGGUGUGAUAGAGGAGUUUUCAGAAGCACACAAAGACCCCUUCAAGGAGGUCAUGGUGGAACCAUUUAGUGACACAAACCCACCAGAGAGAUGUCCCCGUCCUCUGUAUUCCCGGGAUUCCACACAGGAAGAUCACACCAUCCCUCACCAUCUUCAGGACGGAAUUCUUAUUGACAUUAAAGUCGAAGAUAGUCACAUAGAAGACGAGACAUAUUCAAUGAGUGGUUGGCCACAUAAACGACAAAAGGAAGUUCUCCCAAAGUUCCAGAAAGGUGUCCAUGUCAGGGAAGUGACCUCAGAGGAUCUUCUGGAUUUAUUCCCGAAAUAUGACACAGAAGCUCCGACCACCAUUCGAGAUUUUCCGGCAGAAAAGCUGGUGACCCCAGAUAUCCACGAAGAAUUUUCAUAUAUGUUGCCUAACCUGUGCUAUGCUGAGGAAGCUUAUCACCCAGACAUGGACAGGCGUAACGGAACUCACCAAAGCGUUAAGAAUUUUUUUUGUCCCGAGUGCGGUAAAGGUUUUUCACAGAAUUCAGCUCUUAAAAUACACCGUAAACGUCACUUGGCGGAGAAGCCGUUUUCGUGUCCCGAGUGCGGAAAUUGUUUUAGAUAUGAGUCGGAGCUCGUUAUGCAUCACAGAACUCACGUAGCAGAGAAACAGUUUCCCUGCACCGAUUGCGGGAAAUGUUUUUUGUGGGAAUCGGAGCUUGUUACGCAUCAGAGUACUCACGCGAUGGAGAAGCCUUAUACGUGUGGCGAGUGCGGGAAAUGUUUUGCAGACAAGCGCGGCCUUCACCGCCAUUAUAAAAGCCACUCGGACGCCAAACCGCACCCCUGCUCCGUGUGUGGCAAAAGUUACACGUGGAAGUCGGAGCUCGUUCAGCAUCAGAGAGUCCACACAGGGGAGAAGCCCUUCUCGUGUCAGGAGUGCGGGAAGAGUUUCUCUUGGAAGACCGUACUUCUGAAACACCAGAAGGUGCACACCGGCAGGAAGUCGCUCUCGUGUCCAGAAUGUGGGGAGUGUUUCACGUGGAAGUCCGAUCUUGACAAGCACCAGAGGAAGGCCCAUACCGGAGAACGCACCCUCUCCUGCGCAGAAUGUGGGAAGCGGUACACGAGCCGCUCUCACCUGCUCGACCACCAGAGGACUCACACGGGGGAAAAGCCUUUCUCCUGCUCCCAGUGCGGGAGGAGAUUUACCUCGAUCGCUCAGUUGAACAAACAUCGGAGGAAUCAGUCCUGCUCGGAAUCCGGCAAGUGCUUCUCAGAGGAAGGGAAGCUGGCAAGACGUCAGAGGGUCCACGAAAUGUCGUUUUCUUGGCACUAGCGUGGAAAUGAAAUAGGCAAGUCUACAUGGUGCUCAUCGGUUAAAUCGGCCAACUUGGCACUUCGCUGGGAAAGUAUCAGAUACAGAGAACUCCACACAAUUUGAGAUGAAUUAGGAAAUUGUCUAUUUAUCAUUUAGAUGUGUUAUCCAGGAACGAAACAAUAAAAUUCUACCGGAACUCUGA